CUGUCUUUUAACAGUAUAAUUCAUUUAUUAUUAUUAUAGUGUGAUAAAGGCGGUCUAAUGGAUCCCAGUGCAGGUGCUCAGUAUACCAGUAGUGAAGUUGAUAGUGUCAUUAAGUUUCUUAACAAAACCAAUAUGAGUGAGAGGAGCAAGGAGAUACAAGCACUCCUCCUAUUAACUGAAGCAAUACAGAGUUUCAAUGUUGAUAUGUUAACUAAAGCAGUAGCUCUAUCAUCAAGACAAAGACAAGAGCUACUAAGACAAUUUAAAUGCACUCCAGCUGUGUCCUGUCUCCACAGUUUCUGUGAUAAAGGAGCAUGGGCUGAUCCUACUCUUUGUCCAAUGCUUGAGUAUUGUGGAUACAGACUGUUUAAUGGUCACAUACAGUUAUACAGAGGAACCAAUGAUAGGAAUGUAAUGGAUAGAGAUGUGGUCAGGUCUACCACAAUGGCUGUACUUGCUGUUGAUAUUAUACUACAUAAAGAAACUGAAGGAACAAUAUUAUUAUAAUAAUAAUACUGAACAACAAUAAUAAUGAUGAUUAUUAAUUGUUAAGUUACUUGAAUGUAUCAUAACUACAAAAUGCUGUUAAUUAAUGCAUGUGCAUAAUUACAUGUAUUACA